AUGGGCUUCAUUACAGAAAUUAUAUGGCCAAAUUUUCGCAGGGACCAAGUAUAUGCGGAAGACAUCCCGUCAGUCCGUAUUAAUUUCGAUUCAGAUGGUGCACACGUAAUUAACCCACAAUCGAUUCAGUUUCCAGCAAAAUACAGCUAUGGAACUGCUGAGAGACGAAUGCUACCAAUAAUCCUAAGUUGGGCAUCGACUGUUCAUAAGAUGCAAGGCUCUACAGUUGAUCAUGCAAUCAUUUAUUUAGGAUUUCGGCUGUUUGCUGCUGGACAAGCAUAUGUAGCACUUAGCCGGUGCAGAUCUUUGGACGGCAUUCAGAUUGAAGAACUUGACUGCUCCAAGUUGACAGCAAGACACAAUUAUAAGAUGAUAGAAUUCUGGUAAAAAGAGCCGAGAAAAUAUGAAAUACAAUCGAGUUCAUAACGAUGAGUCAUACCAUAUA